AUGGAUGCUAACAUGUUGGCAGAGUUACUUCAACAAGUCCUUGAGUCAUCAAGGUACUUUAUUGUACUUGUUGAUAUCCCAGAUAUUGUUACAUGGAGGGCUCUCAAGUAUGUAUUUCCUGUCGAAAACUGUGGUAGCAGAGUAAUCAUCAUAUCGCGUUUUGAUGAUAUGUGUCAUACCAUUUGUGAAGAUAUCCCGGAUAGUGAUGUUUACAGUUUAAACCCUUUGUCUGAAUAUGAAUCUUGGAGAGGUUCUCUGUGUCGAGACGUAUAUUUGAUGGAGGAGAUUAUGGAGAAGAGAUGCAAGAUCCUAAAGGUACUUCAAUUGCGCGAUUGUAUGUUAAUGAAGGAGCUUCCCUUUGGGAUUGAGCAUUUGAGGAAGCUUCAAUCUCUUGUGCUUCAAAAUAUUUCUGAAAACAUGUUGAUGACUGUGAAGCUUAAGGAUAGUACAAGUGGAAAUUACUGGAAAAUCGCGCAUAUCCCUGACGUUAAUGUAAUUGAUAUGUACAAAAGUUGGAAGGUAGAAGAGGAGAGUAACUCGAAAUUUUGA